AUGGCGAGCGGCGACAGUAAGAAGGUAAAACCUUCCACGUCGGGCUCAAAGCGGUGCCCCCCGCGGUUCACGGGCCCCCCUCGCACCCAGCCCUCACUGCCCACCCUCAGGCGCGCUGGAUACGACCAUGAGGUGGACAGGGACAGCGAGCUAUUACGAGCAGCCAGGAACUACUAUCCUGAAGGGGAGAGUGAAGGCGGAUGCAGUGAGUUCCCGCCGCUGAUGCUGCGAAAAUCCUGGACGAGAGGAGUGCCUUACAGGGACGGCUACGACCACGCCAAGCCUGUGGAUUCGAUAGGAAACUGCUAUACCCCAGCUACAAAAACCAUGCGUUUGAUCAACAUGCCGCCUAAACGCCGCAAGCCGCCGGAACUGUAUGGGCCUAUAGGACCUAAUGGAGAACUGCAAUUCCCGCCUCUCAAACCCUACGCGGAGAGGGAGAAGGAGAGGUUGGAAGAGCUGAGAGAGAAAGAGAGGAAGAAUCGAUUGCCCAAAGGUCUUGUAUUGCUGGAAGACCUGGUCUCCGGGGCGUAUGAAAGAAGGAAGGCGGCUGAAGCAUAUGCCAAAAGGAAACGGAUUGAGAAGAGAAAGAGGGAGAAAGAAGAGGCGGAGAGAGCUGCUGAGGAAGCAUUGAAAAGACAUUUAGCCAAACUGGAGUUUGAGCUGCCCCGCGACCCGGACCAGCAGAAGGAGGAGAUGCUGAGAGUGACGGAGGAGGAACACUACCGGUACAUACACCCCAAAGAUUUGGAGAGGAUCGAUUACUACUUGAAUGUGGCAAUAGUCGGCAAUCAUAUACCGGACUUUCCUGAGCAUUUGUACAAACGGGCCAAAGUGUGCGUGGACAAGCAGACGGCCCACAUCAAGAGGAGACUUCUCAUUCUCACUUACAACGCGUGCGUGAGACAGAGCGAGACGGAAAUCAAGUUCUGGUUCACUUUGGCUAUGAAAAGAUGCCUCCUCUGCUACAUCGUGGAGGACCAAUCGGAGCAGCGGCGCCUGCGCAUAGCGUUCGUGCCGCCGCUGUGGCCGGCGCUGUGCGUGCGCGCACCCGUGCCGUGGCACAGCGCAUGCGUGCGCGCGCAGCAAGCGAUGUCCUACAGGUACUACCACGGGAACGCCGUCGUCAGGGAGCUGGUGCGAUUGUGGCAGGAGAGAUACCAAGACAUGUACAUCUGCGAUAUGAACAAGAUGCAAGAGGAUCUACCAUUCCCCCAGUAUCCCGCAGACUUUACAGAACGCCUGAAUAAGCUGUGCGCGGAAAGCAGGGCGGAACUCCUCGACAAUUGGAUUAUAGACGUGGCAGACACCAUGAUCAAGAUGAGGCAGCACUGGCAGGUCUACGUCGCGAAGAAGAAGAAGGAGUCCACGUUUCAAGUGGAGCAUUUCUUUGCAACUCUUCACUCCCUCAUGUCGAGACAAGUUCGCGAUCUGGUUGAGAGGAGUAUCUACCAUUUUGCGGAAUACUUCGCUUAUCAUUGGGAAGGCAAUGCCUACGAGGGUCCCUACAAAGACUACACGUUCAUCAAGAAUCCACUCUUGCGCAUCAAAGUGGUGGGUCAGCCUGGCUCCACGAAGAUCAGCUUCGAGCCCUCGCUGGAGCAGAUGAGGACGCUCAUCGUGAAGUGGUUCCACACCAUCAUCAAUGUAAACGUGCAGUUGCCCAGCAUUGACAGCGUCAUGUAUCCAGGUGUCUCCCGUCCCCACCCAUACCUGAUAGCGGUCUACCCAGAAGAACAGUACAUGGUGGACAUCACCAACAAGACCAUCCAGCAUUACAACGCCAACCGCCCGGGUCCGCUCAGCUAUCUGUCCAAUUUCGAAGAGUUCUUCUAUUUAUUGGACGGAACGGCCUUUCAGGAUCUCUUGGCGUUUUUCAAGCUGGAGCCACCACCUUAUCUGAAGGAUUUCUCUGCUCGCAUCUACAAUUACGAGGAGCUCCGAGACGAGAUCGUGUUCCUCCGUCGAGACAUCCCACUGAACAUGAUCAUGCUGGACUGCGGGCCCAUCAACGACACGCUGUGGGGCAUCGUCGAUGGGCUGCGGCAGUAUAUCGUGGACCACUUCAUUUUGGUCAACAGGAAGUGGAACCGUGGAAUCUGCAACGUAUAUGAAGAAAUGGCAAGCCGAGCAUCGGAGACUCCCGAGUCCACGGCGCAGCUGGUGGAGCUCCUGAAUUACAUCUCCGACUGCCGCGACCGCGCCAUGUUCGAACUGCGCGCUCAAUCCCGCACUACAGCUGAAUACGUCAUCUUUCUGAUGCAGCACGCGCAUUUGACUUUUGAAGACGUAAACCUGAAUACACGAGUGUUCCUCUGGCCUCUGGACAUGGAAGACACCAUAGACCUCACGCUGAAGACGCUCAGCACUAAGAAGACCAUGGCUGAAGACAAGCUGCGGAGCAAGAAGGCGAUCUUCGAGGAGAAGCUGAAGAAACACGAGAAAGAUUUAGAGUUGUUCAGGAGAUUCGAUCCGCCUCUUCUCAAUUUAGAUUUGUUGGCUGACGUGGUCAAGAAAGUCGAUGAGAUCUUUAAGAAUUUGAUGGAUGACAAAUACGAAGCCGAGGACAUAAUAACGGAGGAACAACUCCUAGACCAGGAGGUGUCUGUGUUCUACUCGCUCCAAGCCAUGCUGAACGGCGUCGACCCCUUCCACAAGCUGUGGCACACCGCCUUCGACUUCUACGACGGAUACGAAAAAUGGUACCACGGCCCGUUCCACGUGCUGAAUGCCGAGCAAAUAGCCGAAGACGUGGACGCCUGGUGGAAACUCCUGAUCAAGCUGGGCAAGCAGAUGUUCGAGUACCCCGGGGCUAAGAGAAUAGCGGACAUGGUGCGGAAUAAAGUGGAGAAGUUCAAGGUUUUGCUGCCGGUGCUUUGUGCUAUUUGCAAUAAGGGCAUGCGUGCCCGGCACUGGGCUCGCAUCAGCGCGCUAGUUGGCGCUGAUGUGCAGCACGGGCCCGAGGUGACCCUGGCCGAUAUGGUGGACCAGGGCGUCCACGUUUUCGCUCCACAGUUGGAGGAAAUCGAGCAACAAGCCGCUAAAGAAUACUCUUUGGAAUGCGCGCUCGCCAAGAUGAAAGAGGAAUGGGUCGGAAUCAAGUUCGAAGUGGUACCCUACAGGGAUACCGGCGUUGGUAUCCUGACGGGGCUGGACGACAUCCAACAGCAGCUCGACGACCACAUACUGAAGUCUCAGACCAUGCGCGGCUCCCCGUACGUGAAGGCGUUCGAAGCCGACAUGGUGGCGUGGGAGGAGAAGCUGAUCAGCAUGCAGGAUAUACUGGACCAGUGGCUCAUGUGCCAAGCCACAUGGAUGUACUUGGAGCCGAUAUUCUCUUCGGAGGACAUCAUGCGUCAGAUGCCGACGGAGGCGCGAAACUUCAGAGACGUGGACAAGGAGUGGAAGCUUAUCAUGACUGCCACGCAGAAACAGCCGCAGGUGCUUCCUGCUACCGACUACCCAGGACUGCUGCACAAGUUGAAAUACAGCAACGCACUGCUGGAUGAUAUUCAGAGAGGACUCAAUGAUUAUUUGGAGAAGAAGAGGCUUUUCUUCCCGAGAUUCUUCUUCCUGUCCAAUGACGAGCUACUGGAAAUCCUCUCAGAGACCAAAGAUCCAAUGCGUGUACAGCCGCAUUUGAAGAAAUGCUUCGAGGGAAUUUACACCUUGGAGUUCAACGCUAACAAAGAGAUCGUGGGCAUGGCUUCAGCUGAAGGAGAAGUCGUGAAGCUUUCUUCUAGCAUACAACCUGCAGAUGCUAAAGGCAUGGUGGAGCGCUGGCUUCAGCAGCUGGAGCAGCAGAUGAUAGUGAGCCUCCGGGACGUGGCUGUGGAGUCGGUGACGGCGUACGCUGUGGUGAAGCGCGAGGACUGGGUGCUGAGCUGGCCCGGGCAGAUCGUGCAGACCGGCGCAUGCGUACAGUACACGGCCGAGGCUAUAGAAGCGAUAUCAGCUAACGAGCUGCCGCUGAUGGUGGAGCGGGCUACGGAGCAGAUCACGGGGCUGGUGUACCUGGUCCAGGGGGAGCUGGAGCCUGGGAACAGGAUCACAGUUGAAGCUCUCAUCGUGUUGGAUGUGCACGGUCGUUCUAUCCUCGAGGAGAUGGUGGAGCGGAAGGUGUCAGAGGUGACGGACUUCAAUUGGAUCUCCCAGCUGCGGUACUACCUGCGCGCCGAGAGGAUCGUCUGCUCCAUGAUCACGACCGAUGUGGAGUACGGGUUCGAAUACCUGGGGAACAUCGGCCGGCUGGUCGCCACGCCGCUAACGGAUCGAUGCUUCAGGACGCUGAUGAGCGCCCUGAAACUGAACCUGGGCGGCGCACCCGAGGGUCCAGCCGGCACCGGCAAGACGGAGACCACCAAGGACCUGGCGAAGGCGGUCGCCAAGAAGUGCGUGGUCUUCAACUGCUCCGACGGUUUAGAUUACAAGGCCCUGGGCAAAUUCUUCAAGGGUCUGGCCCAGUCAGGCGCAUGGGCAUGCUUCGACGAGUUCAACCGGAUUGAGCUGGAAGUGUUGUCUGUGGUCGCCCAGCAGAUCCUCUCCAUCCAGCUGGCGAUCCUCAGGCGGGAGAAGAGGUUCGUGUUCGAAGGCACCGAGAUCAGCCUGAAUCCGACCUGUUCCGUGUUCAUCACAAUGAAUCCUGGUUAUGCGGGCCGUACAGAGCUGCCUGACAAUUUGAAGGUGCUGUUCCGUACGGUCGCCAUGAUGGUGCCUGACUACGCAAUGAUCGGGGAGAUCACGCUCUACUCGAACGGAUUCGUCAUUGCUGGGCCUCUAGCCCGCAAGAUCGUGCAAGCAUACAAACUAUGCUCUGAACAGCUCUCCUCGCAGAACCACUAUGACUACGGCAUGCGCGCCGUCAAAUCUGUACUCUUGGCGUCCGGGGCGCUGAAGAAGAACUACCCGGAGAAAGAUGAGGCCCAGCUGGUGUUAAGGGCCAUCAUCGAUGUCAACAUGCCCAAGUUCCUGUCGCAGGAUGUCCCAUUGUUUGCUGGCAUCUACUCGGACCUGUUCCCCGGCGUGGAAAUCCCGCAGCCAGACCGCGCGGAGCUGCUGAAGUGCAUCAAGAUCGACCUGGACAAGAGGAACCUUCAGGCUACCGAUUGGUACCUGGAGAAGAUCAUUCAGAUUUACGAGAUGAUGCUCGUGCGUCAUGGGUUCAUGGUCGUCGGCCCGCCGAUGGGGGGGAAGACCCAGGCCUACCAGUGCCUAGCAGACUCCCUCCGCGCCCUCCAGCUGAUGAAACCGCCGCCGAGACACAAGGAAUUUGGCGCCAUCUACAGAAUAUUGAAUCCAAAGGCAAUCACUAUGGGGCAGUUGUAUGGGUGCUUUGAUCCGGCGUCUCACGAGUGGUCAGACGGAGUUCUGGCUAUAGCGUUCCGCGAAUACGCCAUGUCGGUGACACGAGACCGCAAAUGGAUACUGUUUGACGGGCCCGUGGACGCCGUGUGGAUUGAGAACAUGAACACGGUGCUAGACGACAACAAGAAGUUGUGUCUCAUGAGCGGGGAGAUUAUACAGAUGACCAAUAAAAUGAAUCUGAUCUUCGAGCCGGCUGACCUGGAGUUUGCGUCACCAGCGACGGUUUCCCGGUGCGGAAUGAUAUAUAUGGAGCCGGAACAACUGGGUUGGCGCGCCUUCUUGGCUUCAUACAACACCCACCUCAGCAAGAAACUGAUACCUGAGCAGUUCGAGCUGAUCCAGGAGUUGAUAGAGUGGCUGGUGCCGCCCGUCUUCGAGUUCCUGGCCAGGUGCCACCACUUCGUAUCCGUGGGGGAGAUUCACCAGUUCUUCUCGUUCACUCGUCUGUUCACGUGCAUGCUGGAGGGGGAGACCCAAGUGAGCACUAUGUGGCUGCAGUGCAUCUUCGUGUUCACAAUGCUGUGGGGGCUCUGUCCCACCAUCACUGCCGACAGUCGCAAGCAGUUCGACUCGUUCUUUCGCAAACUCAUCGACGGCUCCAACGCGGCGUUCCCUAAGCCCAAGUCGUUCAAGUUGACCAAGAGUCAGCUGUUUGGGGAGAAGGACACCGUAUUUGACUACGUUUACGACAAGAGGAACAACGGCACUUGGAUACCCUGGGUGGAACUGGAGAAGGAUAUACCGCCGGCGCCCAAUGCUAAGGUGAACGACCUCAUAAUCCUGACGAACGAGAACGCCUGCCUCCGUUUCUUCGUGACCAAGAUGGUGAAGUCCAAGAUUCCCAUUCUGUUCGUGGGCCCCACAGGCACCGGGAAGUCCUCCCUGGUCCAGAACUUCCUGUUGUCGCUACCCAAGGAGAGAUACAUCACGAACACCAUCAAUUUCUCGGCCCGGACCACAGCUAAUCAGACUCAAGACAUAAUAAUGUCUAAAGUGGACCGAAGAAGGAAAGGAGUAUUUGGGCCCUCCAUGGGUAAAAAGUGCGUCCUUUUUGUGGACGACCUGAGCAUGCCCCAGAAGGAGGUGUACGGAGCCCAGCCCCCCCUGGAGCUGCUGCGGCAGUGGAUCGACCACGGACACUGGUAUGACCUGAAAGAGAUGGUCCGCCAGGAGGUGGUCGAUGUGCUAUUCGUGUCAGCGAUGCUGCCCCCCGGCGGCGGGUCCAACCUCAUCUCGUCCCGGCUCACCCGCCACAUGAUCCUCAUCACCCUGGACUCGUUCGAGGACAACACUCUCAACAAGAUUUUCUGCACUAUAAUGGACUGGCAUCUCGCUAAGGGCUUCACUGAUACCCUCGUGAGAGCUGGGAAGACAGUGGUAGCCGCCACGAUGGAGGUGUACAAGGCUGUCACCCUUCAGUUCUUACCGACUCCGAGCAAAUGUCACUAUCUGUUCAACUUGAGAGACUUCGCGAGAGUUAUCAAGGGAGUGCUACUAGUUCCCUCCACUCACCUGAAGGAGGUUAACAAGCUUGUUCUGCUGUGGAUACAUGAAACCUACCGCGUGUUCUGUGACCGGCUGAUAGACGAGGCGGACAGGCAAAAGUUAUUCGAGGUUGUCUACAAGGCCGUGUAUGGAAACUAUCGGGUCCACAUGGACCAGGUGCUGACGGAGACGGGGUACGUUCCCGAGGGGGAGAAGCUGAACAGGACUCACGCCGCCAACAUCUUCUUCGGGAACUAUAUGGAGCCAGAUGCUGAUCCCAAGAUUUAUGACCAGGUGACAGACCUUGACGACAUGGCGGUAAAAAUGGAGUACUACCUGGAGGAGUACAACGUGGUGUCUUCGUCUCCGAUGGCGCUGGUCAUGUUCCGGUACGCGCUGGAGCACAUCUCCAGGUCCACCAGGGUCCUGCUGCAGGACAAUGGUAAUCUCCUGCUGGUAGGCGUGGGCGGUAGCGGCCGCAGCAGCGCUGUCAAAUUGGCCGCCAGCAUUCUCGAGAUGAAUGUCAUACAGAUCGAGAUAUCCCGAGUGUACGGUCAGAAUGAAUGGCGUGACGACAUCCGCAGAAUGUUGAUGAAGGCCGGCAUCAUCGGGAAGCCCAUGGUCUUCCUCUUCGCUGAUAACCAGAUCAUGUACGAAGGCAUGGUGGAAGAUAUCAACAUGCUGCUGAACACAGGCGACAUCCCCAACCUGUACGGCAUGGAGGAGAAGGUGGAAAUCCUGGAUAAGAUGCAGACGGCGGCGAGGGAGACGGGUCGUAAGAUGGAGACGACGCCUCUGGCCAUGUUUGGGUUCUACGUGGAGCGUGUGAAGGCCAAUCUGAGGAUCGUGCUGGCUCUGUCCCCGAUCGGGGACUCCUUCCGCAACCGCCUGAGGAUGUUCCCGUCUCUCAUCAACUGCUGCACUAUAGAUUGGUUCACAGCGUGGCCGCCAGAGGCGCUGGAGCGCGUGGCGUCCAUGUUCAUAUCGCGCAUGGAACGAGUGGACGACGCACUGAGAGACGCGUGCGUCGAAAUGUGUCAGCUGUUCCACACUAGUGUUGUCUCGCUCAGUGACAGAUUCUACGCAGAACAAAAGAGGAAGGUGUACGUGACUCCGACCAGCUACUUGGAGCUGAUCAAGGCGUUCCAGAACCUGUACGCCAUGAAGGUGGACCAGAUUACCAGGGCCAGGAUACGAUACGAGACCGGCUUAGAACAACUGGACUUCGCAGCAGGCCAGGUCGCGGUGAUGCAGCAGAACCUCCGUGACCUGCAGCCGUUGCUGGUGGAGACUUCGGACAAGACGGAGAAGCUGAUGAUCAAGAUUGAGCAGGACACAGUGGUCGUGGAGAAGCAGAAGGAGAUUGUUGGAGCAGACGAGGCUCUAGCCAACGAAGCGGCAGCCGCUGCCCAGGCCAUAAAAGAUGACUGCGAAUCAGACCUCGCCGAAGCGGUACCUGCCCUGGAGGCAGCUCUAGAUGCCCUUAACACCCUCAAACCUGCUGACAUUACCCUGGUCAAGUCCAUGAAGAACCCCCCGGCUGGAGUAAAGCUGGUGAUGGAAGCUGUAUGCGUCAUGAAGGGGAUAAAAGGAGAUAGGAAAAUGGAUGCUAAUGGAAAACCUUACGAAGACUUCUGGGGCCCCUCACAGAAGAUGCUCGGAGACAUGAAAUUCCUGGAGUCAUUAAAGAACUAUGACAAAGAUAAUAUUCCUGUCGCCACCAUGAAGAAGAUAAGGGACAAGUAUAUCCCAGACCGUGAGUUUGACCCGGUGGUGAUAGCCAAGGUUUCUUCCGCGUGUGAAGGUCUCUGUCGGUGGGUGCGGGCCAUGGACGUGUACGACAGAGUCAUCAAGGUGGUAGCCCCGAAAAAAGCAGCUUUGGCCGAAGCCGAAGGGGAGCUGCAAAUGCAAAUGAACACGUUGAAUGAGAAGAGAGCUCAACUACAAGGCGUCUUGGACAAAUUGCAGGCCUUGAACGACGAGUUCGCAGAAAUGACUCGCAAGAAGAAAGGUCUAGAAGAUGAGAUAGACCUCUGCUCCACCAAGCUGUCUCGAGCUGAGCAGCUGAUCGGUGGACUUGGGGGGGAGAAGGCGCGUUGGACAGAACUGGCUAUACAGCUUCAGAAUCUGUUGGAUAACAUUAUUGGUGACGUGCUCCUGUCAGCAGGCUUCAUCGCUUACCUCGGUCCUUACACCGUCAACUACAGGAGAGAGGUGCUGCUGCUUUGGAAUACUCGGACUAGCAAUCUGAACAUCCCGUGCUCAGAAGUGUUCUCCCUGAUAACGACCCUGGGCGAGCCCGUGGUGAUCCGAGCGUGGAACAUCGCCGGGCUGCCCGUGGACGCCUUCUCCAUCGAGAACGGCAUCAUCGUGGAGAAGUCCAGGAGGUGGCCGCUCAUGAUCGACCCACAAGAACAAGCUAACAAAUGGGUGAAGAAUAUGGAGCGCGAGAAUCAGCUGAAGGUGAUCAAGCUGACUGACUCCAACUACGUCAGGGUGCUGGAGAACGCCAUACAGAUGGGGCUGCCGGUCAUACUGGAGAACAUACGGGAGACAGUCGACGCGGUGCUGGAACCGGUGCUGCUGAGGAAUGUGUUCAGGUCAGGUGGUAUGGACUGCCUGCGCUUCGGCGACAACAUACUGGAGUACAACCACGACUUCCGCUUCUACAUCACCACCAGGCUCAGCAACCCCCACUACCUGCCCGAGAUAGCUGUCAAGGUGACAAUGCUCAACUUCAUGAUAACACCCCAAGGGCUGCAAGACCAGCUGUUGGGCAUCGUGGUAGCCCAGGACAGGCCGGAGUUGGAGCUGAAGAAGAACCAGCUCAUCGUGGAGGGCGCCAAUAACAAGAGGACUUUGAAGGAAAUCGAGGACAAGAUUUUGGAGGUCCUCUCGUCGGCCGGCAACAUCCUGGAGGACGAAUCUGCCAAUGUGAUCCUCUCAUCGUCCAAAGUGCUCUCCAUCGAGAUAGAAGCCAAGCAGGCGGCGGCCGCGGUGACAGAGAAGGAGAUAGACGAGGCGCGGCUGCUCUACGUGCCGGUGUCCAAGCACAGCUCCGUGCUGUUCUUCUGCAUCUCCGACUUGUCCAACAUCGACCCCAUGUACCAGUACUCUUUGAACUGGUUCAUCAACCUCUAUAACCAAGCAAUAGUGAACUCUCCGAAAAGCGAUAACCUUGAUGAGCGUCUGAGCGGCCUCAACGCGUACUUCACUAAAAGCAUAUACGAGAACGUGUGCAGGAGUUUGUUCGAGAAGGAUAAGCUUAUAUUCUCUCUCGUUCUUACAUUAGGCAUACUGAGACCUCAGGGUCUGAUAGAUGAUGAGCAGGUGGCCUUCCUCCUGACCGGCGGAGUGGCCCUGGACAACCCCUACGAGAACCCCGCGCCCGCCUGGCUCACGGAGAAGUCCUGGUCGGAGAUAGUGAGGGCCAGCAACCUGAACGGAUUACGCAACUUCAAGGAGGACUUCGAGAGGAAUGUGAGCGUUUGGAAAGCGUUCUAUGACCUGGCGGCGCCCCAUGAGAGCCCCCUCCCAGCGCCGUACGACACCAUCAGGGGCAUACCCAAGCUGAUCAUAUUGAGAUGCAUCCGCCCAGACAAGUUGAUACCCCUGGUCCAACAGUAUGUAGUGGAGCAAAUGGGCCAGUCCUACAUCGAACCACCCCCAUUUGACCUGGAGCAGUCUUACAACGACAGCAGCUGCACCUCCCCGCUCAUCUUCAUCCUGUCCGCCGGCUCCGACCCCAUGUCCGGGCUGGUCAAGUUCUCCAUGGAGAAGAAGGUCAUCAGCUUUGAGACCAUCUCUCUGGGACAGGGACAGGGUCCGAUAGCAGCCCGCAUGAUAGCGCAGGCGAUCCAGACGGGCGGCUGGGUGGUGCUGCAGAACUGCCACGUCAUGGACUCCUGGAUGGGGGAGCUGGAGCGCAUAUGUGCAGAGGUGAUAGUGCCUCACGCGACACACCACAACUUCAGGUGCUGGUUGACUUCGUACCCUAGCAGAGCAUUCCCGGUCACCGUCUUGCAGAACGGAGUAAAAAUGACAAACGAAGCCCCCAAAGGUCUGAAGAACAACAUCUACCGUUCGUACUCGUCCGAUCCCAUCAGCGACCCGGAAUUCUACAUCUCCUGUCCCCGCACAGAGGAGUGGAGGCGGCUGCUGUUUGCUCUGUGCUUCUUCCACGCGGUCGUGCAGGAGAGGCGGGCGUUCGGGCCUCUGGGCUGGAACAUACAGUACGAGUUCAAUGAGAGCGAUUUGAGGAUAUGCAUUAUGCAAUUGCAGAUGUUCCUAACAGAGUACUCGGAAACUCCGCUAGAGGCGCUGAACUACCUCGCGGGGGAGUGCAACUACGGGGGGAGGGUGACGGAUGACAAGGACAGGCGGCUCAUACUGUCUCUCUUGUCCAUCUUCUACAAUGAGGAGGUCACUGCUGAUCCGGAUUAUUCCUUCUCGCCGAGCGGCAACUAUCGCAUGCCUCCAAGCAUGGACUACGGGUCUGUGCUGGAGCACAUCAAGGCGUUACCCAUGAUCGCAAAACCGGAGGUGUUCGGAUUACACGACAACGCCGAUAUCACCAAAGACAACAAGGAAGCUUCCGCGUUGCUGUUCGGCUGCCUCCUGACUCAGACCUCCGUGGUGAAGGCUGGCGGCGGAGGGGGCGAGGAGGGUGGUGGGGGGGUCGUCGAACUGACCCGAGACAUGAUGGGCCGGCUGCCGAAACAGUACGACAUCUUAGAUGUGGCCGCUCGGUAUCCGGUCCAGUAUUAUAAUAGCAUGAACACUGUGCUUAAGCAGGAGUUGAUCCGCUACAACCGAUUACUGGCAGUCGUCAGCCGGACCCUGCAUGGGGUCCACAUGGCUGCCCAGGGUCUGGCCAUCAUGAGCGCGGAGCUGGAGCAGUGCAACAACGCCUUCAUCAAGGGCAUCGUCCCUGGAGCCUGGAUGUCCAAGUCUUACCCUUCAAUGAAGCCUUUAGGGUCAUAUGUCGUCGAUUUGUUGGCUAGAUUGAAAUUCCUCCAAGAUUGGAUUGACGAGGGGCCUCCAAUGGUGUUCUGGAUAUCCGGCUUCUACUUCACCCAGUCCUUCCUGACUGGAGUCCUCCAGAACUACUCCCGUCACAACAAGAUACCCAUAGACCAAGUGCACUUCGAGUUCACUAUAACCAGCAUGGAGUCUGAAUGCGAACAGGAACCUACUUUUGGAGUGUAUUGUAAGGGCUUGUUCCUGGAAGGGGCCAGGUGGAACAGAGUAACCAUGGAACUUGACGAGUCCUACCCAAAGAUCCUAUUCGACACAAUCCCUAUAAUCUGGUUCAAGCCUGCCAUGAUAGGCGACUUCAACCCACCUCCGUGCUACUUCUGCCCAAUUUAUAAGACCAGCGAGAGAAAAGGAGUGCUAGCCACCACAGGUCACUCCAGCAAUUUUGUUAUGUAUAUCACUCUCCUGUCUGCCAUACCACAGAAACAUUGGAUUAACAGAGGAGUAGCGAGCCUUACACAGUUGGAUGAUUAAAUGAAGUAUCCUAAAACUUUCCAUAAAUGAAUAUUUUAAAAGGUUUUGUUCUAGUCAUAAUU